AUGCUGACAGCGGCUACAGGACAAGAAAAGGUGAAGGAGGCUCUACUUCCCGCAGCCAUGGCCUCGCCGCAGCAGCGUUAUAGCCAGCACAGUGGCCAGGAGGAGCUACUUAAUAGCUUCAACCAGCUCGAGAUCACCACUGCUCGAAAUACUCACAACCACAAAAACAACAGCAAGACUCCUUCACCAUCUCUCUCGCCUCUCCAGUCUCCCUAUUACAGGCCAGAGACAAGUCACAGCUACUUGAGAAACGACCAGUACGCCCGCCCACCUUCGCAGCAGCAGCAGCAUCAAGAGCAACGCGCCCCUCGAAGGACCACCAGCACCACCUCCUUGCGUGACGAGAGACGCAGCUCGACACAUUCACUGCAGAAACGAGCAUCCAUCAGCUCGCUUCGGUCGGUACAGAACCUCACAGCCUCUUCAUCUUCUCCACGCCAGAGUCUCUCGCGGCGCUCGUCGGCGCAGCACCUGGCCUCAUCCCCCGGCGCGUCGGGACGGCCCAUCUCACCCCUCGCAGAAAUGGUGUCCCCGACUUCAUCAGAGAUAGCCGCCCAGCAUUUUGGACGGGAGCUGGCCCUUCACCAGGCUGCAGAGCUGCACUCUCGCACUGUCGUCAUUAUCCAGGAUGCCUGUUAUGGCCAUCGAUUCUCGCGCCCGCGCACCUCCAAGGCGGGGCUAGAACUUAUAGUCGAACGACCUGAAAGAAUACAAGCCUGUGUCCUCGGUCUAGCCGCUGCAUACAUCCGCAUGAGCCAUCGUUAUGGCGGCAAUGAGUUUGCGCCCCACCCGGACCUCGAUCUACGGCGACUCCCGCCUCCUCCGUUUCAGAUAAGGAAGUCUGUACGGACCAUGCCCCUGAACUCGCCGGCAGUGACGCACGUUCACGGUACCAAGUGGAUGGAAGAACUCCGGCUGAUGUGUGACGCUGCAGAGGGAAGGCUGGCAAUGAACGGUAAAGAGCUCGUUCGCCCAAGUAGCUCCGGCAAAGAGACCGGAGCCAAUGCCGCCCCAGAACUACACGAUCGGGAUCUAUACCUCUGCCCUGAAUCUCUGAACGCGUUUGAAGGCGCAUUGGGGGGUGUCUGCGAUGCCGUUGACUCGGUAUUUACAUCUCCUUCGACACGCCGUGCCUUUGUCUGCAUCCGGCCGCCAGGCCACCAUUGCUCAAGCAGCUACCCGUCUGGUUUCUGCUGGCUCAACAACGUCCAUGUUGGCAUCUCUUAUGCUGCUAUGACGCACGGGCUCACUCACGCCGCCAUCCUAGACUUCGACCUUCACCACGGUGACGGGUCACAAGCCAUCGCUUGGGAACAGAACCAACGUGCUACCAAUGCCGCCAAAAAUGCGGCCGGGUAUAAAAAGACCGCCAUCGGAUAUUUUAGUAUGCAUGAUAUCAACUCCUACCCUUGCGAAGAGGGUGAUGAAAUCAAGAUCCGGGGCGCCAGUGUCUGUAUUGAAAAUAACCACGGCCAGAAUGUUUGGAACGUCCAUAUGGAGUCAUGGAAGACGCCCCAGGAAUUCUGGAAAAUAUACCAGACGAAAUAUUAUACCCUGAUUGAGAAGGCUCGCGCAUUUUUACGAGCUCAUUCACUUCAACUACGGUCUAAUACUUCACUCAACGCACCCCAGCCUAAGGCUGCCAUCUUCCUAUCUGCAGGUUUCGAUGCAAGUGAGUGGGAGGGAAGUAACAUGCAGCGACACAAGGUCAAUGUUCCAACAGACUUCUAUGCCAAAUUUACUGCCGAUGUUGUCAGAAUGGCACAAGAAGAAGAUCUCGCCGUCGAUGGAAGAGUGAUCUCAGUUCUAGAAGGCGGAUAUAGCGACAGAGCCCUAACUAGUGGUGUCUUCAGCCAUCUAUCUGGUCUAUCAGACUCCCCAAAUUUCGAAAUCAAGGAUGACCAGAACGGCAGCCGGCUUGCCGCCGAAAUGAGGCAUCGAUUGGGCCUCUCUGAAGAGACCAAGGAUGAGGCUUCUGCGGAUAUGUAUAGGGCAUCUUCAACUUAUGACACUAUUUGGUGGGCGCCAUCCUUACUUGAAGAGCUGGAGGCUCUGGUCAACCCUUCAUCUACCACUCCACGGAAGCCUCGCGAGAAAGCGCAGCCCACCUUUUCUGCACCUACCCAGGCAUCGGCUGCGAAGGUAAUCCCCCCAAGUCAAAUCCAUAGAUCUCCAUCCUUCAAUAGGACUCGUUCACGGACAUCUUCUCCUACGCCACUUCCACCUCCACGAGUCGAGUGGGCCGUAGCUGCUUUUGAGCUAUCCAAGGCUCUCAUCCCUACCGAUCGUCAGACCGCAAGUUGCCAGCAUGCAGAUCUAAAAGCACAUACAACCCAGUCUCGUCCAGGUAGCCGUCUGGCAUCUGGAGGAAGCACACUACCGCCACGCUCCAACGAGAGAAGCUCAGGCCAUAUGCAACUUAGAGAGAGGAAACCGAGAAUACCUGCUUUACCCACAGACAGACUCGGGAGUCCCCGUUCUUCAACCCCCAGCACCCGUCGGACAACCAUCGCCUCUGUUAAUGACCUGCCUGACCCGAGUAUGGCCGUAAAUGACGGGUCUGCAAAUUCGUCUUCCUACCGCCGUUCGUCGCGAAGAAUCAGCCUUGCCUCCACUGCAUCUGCAUCUCCUGCGUCUUCUACCACAAGAAUGAACAUAUCUAAACCUCGUGCAUCCUCAAGACCUUCGCCCUCUCGAGCAAGUCAACGUGCUGAGUCACAGAACAGCACGAGCAGAGCUAGAACCGCGAGCAGCAGCCGAGCCUCUACUCCUGCUAGAAGCACCACCAAGAAACCCUGGGAGAAUGCUGGCAAUGUGGAUAACUUGGAAGCUAGCGUGAAGAAACUGAGCAUCAAGCUGAAUGUUCCCAGCCCCGAAGAAAACGCAGCUCGAGAAGCCAAAUUGGCCCAGGACCGGAAGAAAGAUUUACUAUUGGCAUCACAGUCAUCUAGACGCAAGCCAGCAAGCAGAACUACCUCUGGAACCAAGGUUACCUCGAAUGAGGUUAACGAACGACUGGCACGCCCAAACUCCCGUUCGGCUACUGCAAUUCCUACCGCUGGGAGAGCGUCUGAAUCUCGAGUUGCAGCAAAAGCUGGCCAAUUCAGCCCAUCGCGAAACACCUCUUCUAAUGCACACGCCCUACCUCCGGUCAGAGGAUCAGGUCCUGCCCUAUCUCACAACGGGAAAGCUACCGGCCGCGAACCCGGGUCAGCUACAUCUACACCAAAAGGGACUAACAACAUGCCCUCUCCACCAUUGACUCCAGACGCACCCCCUGAGCCCGGAACUCCUACAAUCACAGUUCGCUCACCGCCAGCUUCAGCGCAUCAGCAACUACCUGUUUUCACAGCAACAUCUGUUAUUCCUUUUGCACCUACUGAGGACCCUCCUUCUCACUCUUAG